CCACCACCACCCAUAUACGCACCCUCCAUAGAAACGCACGCAUCAUGACCUUGUCCAAGAAUUACAUGACUACCUCUUCCUCCCUCGUUGAGGACCAGCGGCAGCUGCAGGACCUGCACCCCGCAGAUCGGCCAGCUCCUCUCUCGGCCCACUGCCCGCGCCCCAUCCCGAACUCCUACUGGGCUACCCCACUACUGCUCGCCUGCGAGUACCCCUGGACACCGAAGGACCCCUACCGGCCCAAGCUGGAUGCUCUGCUCAAAGCUGGUGUCCGUACCUUCAUCGACCUCACCGAAGACGGCGAGCUGCGGUCCUACGUGCAGUGCGGUAUCCUGAAUGCACGCGCCGAGCUUCUUGGCAUCGACCCCUCCACGCUCGAGUACCACCGCUUCCCCAUUCGCGACCGCUCGCUACCGCCCUGCGUCGAGUACAUGUACGGCGUGCUGCACAUACUACGUGACAACGAGCGUCGGCGACGAAUCACUGCUGUCCACUGUCGCGGCGGCAUAGGCCGUACCGGCAUGGUUAUUGGCUGCUGGCUCGUUGAGAGUGGACUUGCAAAGGACGGCGAGGAGGCGCUCGAGAUCAUCGCCCGCGAAUGGGCCACCGUCGAGAAGUGCCGCCGCUUCCCCCACUCCCCGGAGACCGGCCCCCAAUGCCUCUUCGUCAAAAACUUCAUCGCCGAGAACAAGGCCAUGGCGCAACGCGUCAACUCCACGCUCGCCGUCCGCUGAGCGACACAGGUUGCCCAGCGACCGAGCGCGCCGCGUCGCCUGGACCGCAGGCGCGAGCGGCGGCGCGGUCUCCCUAGAUUCUUCCUUCUGACGUUAUGUUUCGGGUCAUCUGGGUUUUCUUUUCAUCAUGGACACCGUCAUCAUCACUGUACAUCACCACGCACCGGGCCUCGUGUACACCACACAGUCGCCAGCACAUAGACGCAUUGCAUGUUUCGGCAGGCUGUCGUACGCCACCAGGGCAGAGGUUGGGCCUCUAUAUACGGACCCAGUAUCUUCGUCGUAGAUAUUAUACAGAACGAGCUCGCUAGUACUAUACCCUGCUUGGUUAUACGUCGAGCUGUAUCACAGGAAUGAAUUCACGCAUACUCUGGUAGCGAA